UGCUAGAAUUCCUUUUCCGGUCCACUCCUUUCGAUGUUAACGUGUGUAGAGAGAUUGUUGGUGCUGUAUGGUGUAAGGAAAUUUUACAUCAUUGUCGAUCGUGUUAAUCCUUUUAUAGAUAUUGAGGUGUAAUGUCAGAAACACUUCAGUUGAGGGGCACUCUUCGAGGCCACAAUGGUUGGGUUACGCAGAUUGCUACAAACCCAAAAUAUCCAGAUACGAUUCUUUCGUGUUCUCGAGAUAAAACCUUGAUUGUAUGGAAACUGACUAGGGAUGAAACGAAUUAUGGUGUCCCACAGAAACGCCUUUAUGGACAUUCCCAUUUUGUCAGCGAUGUUGUUCUUUCUUCUGAUGGCAAUUAUGCUCUUUCGGGUUCUUGGGACAAGACACUAAGACUGUGGGACUUGGCUGCUGGUCGAACCACAAGGAGGUUUGAAGAUCAUACCAAGGAUGUGCUUAGUGUUGCUUUCUCUGUGGAUAAUCGGCAGAUUGUGUCAGGAAGCCGUGACAAGACUAUCAAACUAUGGAAUACAUUGGCAGAGUGCAAGUAUACUAUUCAGGAUGAUGGCCAUAGUGAUUGGGUGUCUUGUGUUCGUUUUUCUCCAAAUCAUUCUAAUCCCAUUAUAGUGUCUGCUGGAUGGGAUAAAGUUGUGAAGGUGUGGAACUUAACAAACUGUAGGUUGAAGAUCAACCACAUUGGUCACACUGGAUAUUUGAACACUGUAACAGUCUCUCCAGAUGGUUCAUUAUGUGCUUCUGGAGGCAAGGAUUGUAAGGCUAUGCUGUGGGAUUUGAAUGAUGGAAAACAUCUGCACACUUUGGACCACAACGAUAUCAUCACGGCUUUAUGUUUCUCACCGAACAGAUACUGGCUCUGUGCAGCAUUUGGACCCUCCAUCAAAAUUUGGGAUCUGGAGAGCAAGGAUAUGGUUGAAGAGUUGCGUCCUGAAGUUGUAUCCCAGACGGCUAAAGCCGAACCGCCUCAGUGUUUGUCUCUGGCAUGGUCAACUGACGGUCAGACAUUGUUUGCUGGCUAUUCUGACAACACUAUAAGGGUGUGGCAGGUGUCUGUCUCUGCACGAUAAUUUUACGUGUCAUACGAGUAUGGAAAAGAGGCAUAGCUGUUUUAUUGACUUUUAAUAAUGUCUAUAGAUGUUUUAUAAAUCCAAUAAAUGGCCUCUUUUCAUUUGAAAUGUGUGAUUUUCUUUCCAAGCUAUCAUAACUAGACGUAAGAAGUAUAUUUAUCAUGGUUGUACAGUGAAGAACUUGGUAUAAUAAAAAAGUGUCCAUGUUUA